AUGGGGCCGAAGUCCUGCGCGCUGUUUGUGUGCUCUUUUAAAAGGCUCAGCCUGAAAACUAUCCUUCGUAACGGAUCUUCACCACAUACCUUCGCAGCAACCCGCGGAGUUCACCAGAAGAUAGUCUCUCAAUCAGCCAUGCUGCAACACCUGUCUUCAAGCACAGCAUUUGCCUACACAGCCGGUCGAUGGCUUCACCUGGACAAACUACAACGCGACGCGCGGUACCUUGAAUUUAAUUUGGAUUGCCUAUAUGAAAGAGUGCUCUCUCUCUGCCCGUCCGCGACUUCAAUCAAAAGCUGUCAGAAGCUGGAGGGAGGGUUCAGUAGGGCCUUCGUCAUCACGACCAACAAUGGAAGACAGGUUGUUGCCAAAUUUCCCACCUCUGUUGCUGGUCCAGCCAGAUAUGUGACGAACUCUGAGGUGGCAACAAUUACUUACUCCAUUCUGGAUUGGUGUGAUGAUCCAACGAACCCAAUCGGGUCGGCGUACAUUAUCAUGGAACACGCUGGUGGUGUCCAACUGCAGGAAGUAUGGGCGGAUGUACCUGUGCAUGUGAAAGUGAAAAUUGUGGGCGCAAUUUGCUUCAGUAUUCUGCCAAUAUCGCAACUUGACUUUCCAGCAUAUGGCAGGCCCGACCUCUCCUCAUAUGCCUCUGCGUUGAUCGAUGUUGGCUUUUCAAGGCUGCCACCAGCUGAUCAUCCCACCCUCCAGCUGCCGCAAGCAUCCUAUCAGGGGUCCCUGAACAAACAUUUGGAGCUGCUGAAUGUUGCUCAGGCCUUGUUUCCCAAGCUGAUACAGCACCCCAAAAUCCAGUCCAAUGCGACACCGACCCUCUUCCAUCCAGACUUACAUAUGAGAAAUAUUUUUGUGUCCAAAGAUGACCCAACCACUGUGACUGGGUUCAUUGAUUGGCAGUGCACCAGUGUUGAGCCGUCAUUCUAUUACGCGGACGACGUGCCUGAUUUUGCCAUGGUUCCCACAGAGGAAACACCGGAGAAUGCGACAGAAAGUUUGUGCGGCCAAGCAUAUGAGGGGGGGUGGGCGCUUCUGGCUCCAAGGCUAGGCGCGACCAGGAAGAUCGAUGAAUCGCUCCUCCGCCCGUUCCGCUACUGCCAUCGCACAUGGAGAGAUGGCUUCGUUCCAUUCACCCAUGAACUGAUGCGGUUAAGAGACAGGUGGAAAGAGCUCGGGUUCACCGACGACGACAACUGCCCCAUUCCUCCGUUGAGUGAGGAAGAUAUGCGCCUCCACGAGAAACAGCUGGAUGUCUAUGAAAAGAUACUGCAGAUCAAGCGGGAUGUGAUUACGACGCUGGGUGUGGAGGAAGAUGGCUGGGUGUCUGCAGAUCGUUGGGAGGGAGUAAGGCAAGCCCAUCGAGAUAUCUAUGAAACCGUCAUGGCGAGCAUGGAGGAUGAUCAGGACAGGGAGGAAUUGAAAACGUUCUGGCCGUUCGACGACUAUCCUGUAGGGCAAUAG